AUGUUCAAGCUUCUUCCCAAGCCCGUGGUGCGCCAAAUGACCACCGCAAGUGCAUCCACGCCCCUAACCAAAGCUGCCGGAGACAUCUCGUCUGUAUUCCCCAGCCUCCAACCUGGCUAUGAACCCAAGCCCUUGCCCAGUCGGUUCAGAGACCUAAAGAUCGAUCUUUUCAGAAGAAACGAGCAAGCUCUGAAGGACAGCUGGGAUAGGCUGCUCCCAAGCCUGAAGGAGGAAGUCGAAAAAAUCAAAGCGCUUGGCACUGAGGCUAUCCCUUCCGUCUCCUAUUCUGAUGUAAUGACUGGGUGCAUAUCGGAGGAUACGAAGGCUGAAAUACGCCAUCGCGGUUCAGUAGUAAUUCGCAACGUGGUCACGCGUUCCGAAGCCAUGCAAUGGAAAGAAAUGGCCAAAGAGUAUAUCGCUGCAAAUAGAGAGCGGGUGAAGGCUUUCCCGCCUGAUUCUCCGGCUGUCUAUGAACUGUAUUGGUCCCCUACCCAAGCAGCAGCUAGAGCACACCCAAAUGUGCUCGAAGCACAAAGAUUUCUCCAGUGCCUAUGGCACUCCUCAGAUUCACAGACCCGACUUUCCUUAAAACAUCCGCUUUCAUAUGCCGACCGGUUGAGAAUCAGACAGCCCGGUGAUUCUAAAUUCACCCUAGGCCCUCACGUUGAUGGUGGCUCUCUGGAGAGAUGGGAGGAUCCCGAAUACUCCAGCGUCUAUAGUAAGAUUUUGCAAGGGAAGUGGGAGGAAUACGACGCAUUUGAUGCUAGACACCGUGUCAGUGCAAAAAUGGACUUAUACAACGGAGCCGGCGCCUGCUCAAUGCUGCGAUUCUUUCAAGGCUGGCUGGCCAUGUCCGACACGUCUCCUGGAGAAGGUACUCUUCACGUUUGUCCUAUGAUAACUCACAGUACUGCAUACACCAUUCUCAGGCCGUUCUUCGAUGUACAAACAUCUUUACCAAACUUGGACGCAACAUUUCCUGGCUCGGUUCCUGGAGCUUGUCAAGAAUACAAUCCAUUGACGCAUCCUCACCUAGAGCUUGCAGUGACCAUGGUCUCUGCGCCAGCUGUUCAACCGGGCGAUUACGUUGCAUGGCAUUGCGAUUCCCUGCAUUCCGUUGAUAAGGAGCAUCGGGGCACGAAAGAUUCUAGCGUAAUCUAUAUUCCUGCCACCCCUUUAUGCGAAAUGAAUGUCGAUUAUCUCUUAAAGCAGCGGGAAGCUGCCUUUAAUUACUCGCCACCAUGGGAUUUCCCAGGUGCUGGUGGCCCAGGAGAGAUCGGGUUUAAAGGCGCAGUUGAGUGGUCAAAGCUCAGCAUCGAGGGACAGCGAGCGAUGGGCCUGGGAAAUCAGCCUUGGGACAUCGAUCAGAAUAUGAGUGAAGGGGAAACGAAAACUAUUAUCAGCGCAAACAAGCUAUGUUUUGACCUAUAA